AAAGCCAAGCCAUCGUCUAUGCCUCCCUGUUCGGCCGCUCCGAGCCUCCUACCCGACGGAAAAAAAUCGAAAGGAAUUCUCUUUCCACGGAUGAGUAGUAGAUUUUGGAGGUGGUAUGCCGAUAGGCUGUUCUACAAGUGGGAAAAGACUGUUCUUUGGGAUAUGGUGGAGCCUUACAGGCGCCCGAGAUCCUUCACGCCUCUUGUAACGGUCUAUGUCGCUGCCUUCUAUACUGGCGUUGUAGGAUCUGCGAUAACAGAGCAACUCUAUAAGGAAAAAUAUUGGGAAGAUCAUCCAGGUGAAGCAGUGCCUAUUAUGAAACCAAAAUUUUAUUGGGGCCCUUGGAGGAUAAUGGGGGGAGAUGUUCCGAAAUAGUAAAGGUUGUGGGAGAGCUGAAUUUCAUAGGAAGCUUCUGGGCCACCUUGAUAUCCAAUGUGAUCCCUCUUAAACGAGAGCAGCCAAUUGCAGCUGCAAUAUGGGAAACUACAUUUUACUAAAAUUGUGAAAAAAGGGUAGUAUGAGUCUUUUGUUUGCUCUUCACUGAUAUGAAAAUAAUGGUGAACUACAUUUUCUUAAAUUUGUCAAGGCCCUUGUCUUCAUUUAUUUUUGAUUGUCUGUAUUGUUCUGAGCAAUCCCUCUUUCUAUGAUUAGUAUUACCCAUGUUUUUGAUGGACAUGCUGUUGAGG